AUCGGAGGGACACAGCGGAUCACCAAUCACGGAAAGAGCCGAAGAUGUCAGCUCGGUCAUGAUAUCAGCUGUGUCCAAUCAGGGGGUCAUGUACACUGAUCAUCAGGGCCCUGAUGAUCAGUGUAGCCCCAGCAGCGCCACCUGUCAGUGUCCAUCAGUGCUUUGUGUCCGUGCUCAUCAGUGCCACAUCAAUGUCACAUAUCAGUGCCUACCAGUGCACAUCAAUGCCACAUGUCAGUGCCCAUCUGAGCUGCCUUUCAGUGUCACCCAUCAGUGCCAAUCAGUGCCCCCUAUCAGUGCCAGUCAGUGCUGCCUAUCAGUGCCACCUAACAGUGCCAGUCCGUGCCGCAUAUCAGUGCCAUGUAUCAGUGCUGCC